AUGCUGGGCGAUGUGCAGAUGCGAUACGACGCAAGGACGGUCAGGCACGCCGGCCACCUCGUCUCUCCGUGUAAAGACUUGCCCGAUCCGGGCGUCCGCCGAGACGAGCAGGACCGUCGAGUAAUUCUACAUGCAGCGAAUGGCGGUGCAAUGCGCUCUUUAUGCAAGGCCGAAAUCAACAAACGAAACAACGAACACCGUAGCGACGACGCAGAAAAAUAG